AUGGCUGCUAGAACUACCGCGGUCGGAACGCCUUCCUGGAUAGCCGCAGAGAAGGAAAAUGCCUUUCAAUUAUUGCAGAAUGAGAAAGAAGAAGUGAUAUAUCCUGCUCAGCAUCAGCUAGAAUGGCUGAACGAGCACAUGGCUGAGGUCUUCAGCAGAAGCCAUCUUGAUGUCGCAAACGUGUUCAAGACGCCUGGGAAGAUGCGAGGCAAGACUCCUCGCACCGCCAGAAGACGAAACGCACAAGACGCAAGAAUACCGCUGAGCGACCUAUUUUCUUCCAAACCUCUACAACGCCACAGCCCUCAAAAACAGCCCAGUCCGACCAAGCUUCGAUUCCACAUCUCCGCCGAUCAAGGUCGCCAAACAUAUAAAUCAGUUACUGACUCCGGCUACCACACUGCAAGUCAGGAUGAUGUCGAUCUGGAUACUUGCUCCCAUGUGCCACUUGUACAACCAUCACCAACGGUGAAUGCAGCGCCUGCUGAAAACACGGAUGUGGUAUCUGGCCAUGAUACCGAGGACGUCCCGGACGAAGGUCAGCGUACUACUGAAGGAUCAUUCCACUCUGCGAAGGAAGAUCAGACAGCAAAGAUCACAGGUCCAGACACAGUCUUGCUGGAAGAUGCUGCGCGGAUUGAAUCAGAGUCAAAUCAGCAAAGCCCCCGCAGCGCGCCGCUGGAUACAGCGCAUUCACAGGAACCCCACGACCUAGACGAACUCGGCUCGCCCUCCGAGGAAUCCACACCCGAUAGACCAUUAGUCAGGAAGAGCAGCUUGACGUUUGCUUCUCUACCCCCACGAGACCCAUUGAAGUCGAGUAUUGGGGCUAGAAUCUCGCGCACCAGCCAUAUCGAUCAAGGAAGACAACAUGGGUCAAUCGUUCACGGGGCGCGGCCAACCCUACAUCCUCAUCAAGCGGUACCAAAGCCAUCCCAUUGCCUUGACGCAGACAUCCCAAUGCACCAUGUCGAUGAUGAAGACGACGACUCGAACGUACAGGUCCUGGGCCACGAUUCAGACGUGGAGAGCGAGACCAUUAGGACUCAUUCUGAAGCUUCCACGAAAAGAUUACAUGAAAAGAUCGAUCUGCUUGGAAAGGCUGCAGCGCCUCGCCCUUCCAAGUCGAUACCCUCAGCCGUCUCCCUAUCCGAAUUGACCCGAGCGGGCGAGCUCGACGACCAGGUGACACAAUCUGCGAUACAGAUACAAGCUAUGCAAGACGAUGAAGACGACUGGAUCCGACCACUGACAUCACCUAAUGCUGCUCAGUCGUCCCCUGCAAAGACCACAAAUCUAGAAGAGUCAGACGAAGACGAAUUUGACUGUCGUGCGCCAGAACUGAUUGCGCACGAAGAGCGCAUGAGAACCCCCAUCCGCAUGUCGCCAGGGCCUGGUAAAAUCAUGCCUGGCUUCGGGCACACCAAGUCUGCUUCCACCACCACGUUAGCCUCACCCGCAAAGGCCGCAAUGGCACCUCCAGCAAGUCCUGCCAAGUCGGUAUCAGUGUCUAACCCUGCUCAAGCCACCACCACUCCCAGAGGUUCGCCGAGGCGAUAUCUUGACCUCAGCGCCUCAAGGUCAAAGUUACAGUCCAUAAUGAAGACCGCCAAAGGCCUCUUCACCAGUAGCGCCAGUGUCUCUGCCGCCGCCAAGUUGGAAACUUUAUCACCCAAUGCUCUUAAAGCUGCAUCAAGUGCGAUGCCCGGGCUGUACCCCGGUCUUUACUCUAUGAUUGAAGACAAGCCCUUGCCUUCAAGCCCGCCAAAAGAAACGAGGAAGAUUCGCAGUUCGACCGAAAGAGACAAGGAGGAGAGGCGGAAAGAGAAAGAAGCUCAGUUGACGCAAGCCAUGGAUGCCCAGCUCGAGAAAGCCCGAGCUCAAGAAAGAAAGAAGGCUGAGGAGCAGAGGCUCGCACGCGAGAGGACGGCCAAGAAGGAUGCCCAGCAGCCACAGUCAUCGAGCCCCAAGCCACAAGCCGAAGAGCCACAACAUGGACCAUCCGAGCCUCGCGGAAAGCCAACUCGACCAGUGCGCCUUGGCAGAGAGCAUCCUGUCAACAAGGCUAAGCCGGCCCCUGUCUCGAUCCGCGUCGGCACACUCUCACAACGAAUGCCCGUCAACGCUGCCGCGAACGUCCAGGAUAGCUUGGCCGCUGAGCCCAAGCGCCCCGGCUUGAGUAAGAAAACUAGUUCAGCCUCACUACACUCGACAACAUCUAAUGUUUUGAAAUCAUCAGUGGCUGGUCCGCCUCCUAAACCGAGAGCACUUCUUGCGGCGGAGCGGAAGAAAGAGCAAGACGAGCGUGAAGCUCAACGGAAACUCGAGCAAAAGCGGGAGCUCGAACGAAAGCGAGUGGUCCAGCAGGAAGAGGCGCGAAAGCAAGAACAGAAACAGCGACUUGAAGCCGAGAAGCGUGAACGGGACCGAGUGGCUGCAGAACAAGCCAAGCGACAGGCUCAGCAGCAAGCCAUUGAGCGUAAACGUCAAGAAACAGCCCGGAAGGCAGAACAACAGCGGCACGACCGAGCUGUAAACGAGGCUGCCCAGACAAGACCACCUUCCCGUGUUGCUGCCCAGAAUGCCGGCCGAUCACUGCUAAACCACCCGCUACCUACUAAUCCUGCAAAGCCGGCAAAGAGGCCACUGGAGGAGGAAGCCAACCCGUCUCGUCCACAGAACUCCAAAUAUGGAAACGGAAUGCUUCAAGACGCCAAGCGACGGAAGACCGAAGAAGGGGGCUUGAUAGAGACGGGCCCGCGCCCAGUUGUCUCAGGCGCUCCCAUCAGACAGUCGCAGCUCGGGAAGAAAGCGUCGUUCCUCACCCAUCCUAGUUAUGUACAGACACAGCCGUCCACACACGCCGGACAAUUUCCUCAGCCACCUUCUCGAGUAGCGCCACCACAGAUGCAGCAGUAUGCGACUGGGGGCAAGAUUCCAUUUGCCGAUGGAUCCAACCCACCAAACCACGCGAAGACACCAGUCUCAAUUAUGCAACAGAAGACCAUUCAAACGGUUAAAUCUUCGCCCCAAUAUCCGAAUGGCGAGUCCAUCCAUCUGCCGGAGAUACCUACUGAUUCGGAGGAUGAGGACUCAGACGAAGACGGGAAUGGUUUUGCAAUUCCUGACUGGGCUACUCCCGGCCAUCUAACGGAACAGCUGAUCCGCCAAGAAGGCAUGGACGGUGAUGCUGUGUUUGGGCCGAUUGCACCAUUGAAAAUCGAGGAAAUAUUCUCCAAGGGCAACAAGGACAGGUUGAAGCGACUGCGAGACCGGACAAGCAGUGCAAAUUGGGCGCUCAGCGGAGAUGGUUUGACCCUUGAGGAGGUGAGGGCAGAUCGGGAGCAACGUGAGCGCAUGCGUCUCCAGGGUGGCUGGAGGUACGGCAGGUGA